UGGUGUACUUGCCAAAUACGCCAAUAAUUGUACAUUUGGCCAGUGCACGAUGAGGGUGUUCACACGACUGGUGUACUUGACAAGUAGGCCAAUACUUGAGCACUUGUACAAGUAGCCAAGUACACUGUUCCCACUGCUGGCUGUUAAAGCAAAUAUUGGUGGUGGGGGGCACACUUAAAUAAUAAUAUUUUCACUUUUUUGUUUUUGUGAAAUUUAAGUUAGAAAUUAGUCUAGUCCUAAUCGUUGUGUGGUAAAGACUUAGGUAACAACUAAAUAGUUUAUAAUUUAUUAUUGUAAUUUAACACAAUUUAAUAAAUAAUUUAUUGGACUAUGAUAAGUGAAAACGACAAAGCACUAGUUUGUGCUUCAUUUAUUGUUAUGUGUGGUGAAUAUUUAAAAAAUAAGAAAAAAGUCAAAAGUCCAAAAAAGAGAAGGUGGUGGAUGACGACAAUACAUCAAAGUCGUAACAAGUACAAUGCCACAAAUCUCAUGGAGGACCUAAGACGAGAACCAUCUGGUAAAUUUGAAAACUUUUGCAGGAUGUCAGCCACUGACUUUGAAUUUUUACUUAGUAAAAUUGGACCAGUAAUUAAAAAAAAUGAUACAAUUAUGAGAGAAGCAAUCCCUGUACAAGAAAGGUUAGCAGUGACACUCAGGUUUUUGGCUUCUGGUGACAGUUUUAGAAGUUUAUCUUACUUAUUUAAAUUUUCUUCCCAAACUGUUUCCCGAUGCGUGUUUGAUGUUUGUGACGCAUUGAUAGAUGUACUUAAGGAUGAAAUCAAGAUACCACAAACCACGGAAGAGUGGAAAAUUAUCGAGAAAGAUUUUUCCGAAAAAUGGAACUUUCCUCAUUGUUGUGGAUCCAUAGAUGGCAAACAUGUUGUUAUUCAGUCACCUAUACAUAGUGGCUCUGAGUUCAUAAACUAUAAAGGAACAUUCAGUGUAGUUUUGUUUGCUUUGGUGGACGCUAAUUACAAUUUUUUAUAUGCAAAUAUUGGAUGCCAAGGGAGAAUAAGUGACGGUGGUGUGUUUAAAAAUACCGCUUUGAACAAAAGUAUAGAACAAAAUGAGAUUAUGUUUCCACCUGAUGAACCAUUACCUUUAAGAGAAUUGCAUGUCCCGUACUUGCUUGUUGCGGAUGAUGCAUUUGCAUUUACUCCGCGUAUAAUGAAACCGUACUCCGGAGUGUAUGAAAAAGGUAGUAAAGAAAGAGUAUUCAACUAUCGGCUAUCUCGUGCCCGACGUGUUGUUGAGAAUGUGUUUGGGAUAAUGUCCUCAGUAUUUCGAGUAAUGAGAAAACCAAUGUUACUCGAACCCGAAAAAGUAACAAAUAUUACCUUAACCUGUACAUUGUUACAUAAUUUUUUAAGAAGAAGUAAAACUUCCUCUUCUAAAUAUUCACCAAAUGGGAUAUUUGAUAUAGAAAAUGAAGAAGGGCAGAUUAUUCCUGGUACGUGGAGACAAGAACAGAAUAGCAUGGCAUCAUUACUACCCAUUCGCAACAUACCCAGAAGACCCGGAGCGGAAGCUAAAAUAAUAAGAGAUGAAUACGCAACAUAUUUUUCAACAAACGGAAAAGUACCAUGGCAAGAUAAAUAUUAAUAUAUUAAUGUAAUUUUAAAUACCAUCUUAGUUAGGAAUUUUUAAUAAUUUAAUUUAUAUAUUACCUAUCGACUAUCAAAUUAUAUUAUUUGCAUAUAAUAAUACACUGUCUACGUACAAUCUACAUCCGUACAUUAUAAUACAUAAUAAUAACAGUAUGAUUUAUUUUAUAGUACCUAUAUUAUAACAACGUUAUAGCUAGGUAAAUAAAUAAGGACAUUUUUUAUUUUAAGACUGUAUAACAAAAUAUUCUGAAUAUUUUAUUUUAUAAUAAAUUAUA